GCGGGCCCUGGGUGGGCGGGGCUCCCGGCUGUCACCGCGAUGAGGAGACGCCGCCGCCGACGCUGGGCCGCUCCGGGGUGCGCCCCUCAGGGGCGGUGAGCCGAGGCCAGGCCCGCCCGCAGGGCUGCCCACAAAACGUAACAUGAAUGAUACAAACGGAAGCCGAUGGAAUUAAUAAAAGACCACAACUGAAUUUCCCAGUGCCAGCACCCAGCCGCCAGAUCCUGGGCAGUGACACAAUGGUUUGCUAGCAGCCGUCGGAACGAGCGCCCAGCUUCCGCGAUGCCUGUGCAGGCGGCGCAGUGGACGGAGUUCCUGUCCUGUCCAAUCUGCUACAAUGAGUUUGACGAGAGCGUGCACAAGCCCAUCAGCUUAGGCUGCUCCCACACGGUCUGCAAGACCUGCCUGAACAAGCUCCACCGCAAGGCCUGCCCUUUCGACCAGACGGCCAUCAACACCGACAUCGAUGUGCUUCCUGUCAACUUUGCACUCCUCCAGUUAGUGGGAGCCCAGGUACCGGACCACCAGACCGUCAAGCUCAGUAACCUCGGAGAGAACAAGCACUAUGAAGUGGCCAAGAAGUGCGUUGAAGACCUGGCGCUUUAUCUGAAGCCGCUAAGUGGAGGGAAGGGUGUGGCCAGUUUAAACCAGAGCGCCCUGAGCCGCCCCAUGCAAAGGAAGCUGGUGACGCUGGUCAACUGCCAGCUCGUGGAGGAGGAGGGCCGGGUCCGAGCCAUGCGAGCAGCCCGCUCCCUCGGGGAGAGAACCGUCACCGAGCUGAUCCUGCAGCACCAGAACCCGCAGCAGCUCUCCGCCAACCUCUGGGCUGCCGUCCGGGCGCGCGGGUGCCAGUUCCUCGGGCCAGCUAUGCAGGAAGAAGCCUUGAAGCUGGUGCUGCUGGCCUUGGAAGACGGCUCAGCCCUCUCCCGGAAGGUCCUGGUGCUUUUUGUCGUCCAGAGGCUGGAGCCCAGGUUCCCACAGGCCUCCAAGACGAGCAUCGGCCACGUGGUGCAGCUGCUGUACCGUGCGUCGUGCUUCAAGGUCACCAAAAGAGACGAAGAUUCUUCCCUGAUGCAGCUGAAAGAGGAAUUCCGCAGCUACGAGGCCUUGCGGAGGGAACACGACGCCCAGAUCGUCCACAUUGCCAUGGAGGCCGGGCUCCGGAUCUCGCCGGAGCAGUGGUCUUCCCUCCUCUACGGCGACCUCGCCCAUAAAUCUCACAUGCAGUCCAUCAUCGACAAGCUUCAGUCCCCAGAAUCCUUUGCAAAAAGUGUGCAGGAGCUGACAAUCGUCUUGCAACGUACGGGUGACCCUGCCAAUUUAAACCGGCUCCGGCCACACUUGGAGCUGCUGGCCAACAUUGACCCUAAUCCAGAUGCAGCAUCUCCAACGUGGGAGCAACUGGAAAACGCCAUGGUGGCUGUGAAGACAGUGGUCCAUGGCCUCGUGGAUUUCAUUCAGAACUACAGCAGAAAAGGCCACGAAGCCCCACAGCCGCAGCCAAACAGCAAAUACAAAACGAGCAUGUGCCGUGACCUGCGGCAGCAAGGCGGAUGCCCGCGCGGGACAAACUGCACCUUUGCUCACUCUCAGGAAGAGCUGGAGAAGUAUCGGCUGAGGAACAAGAAGAUCAGUGCCACCGUGAGGACCUUCCCGCUGCUGAGCAAAGCCAGCGUCACCAGCGCUGUCUCCACCACGGCAGGCAAUGUCAUCUCCAUCAUUGGGAGCCCGGAAGCGGCUGGCAAGAUGGCACCCAGCAGCAACGGGGUCGCCAGCCUGGAGAGCGGCGUCCCCCAGCUGAUCCCCCGGUGUGGCGACACUCCCUCCUUAAGGGCCCUGGAGAAUGUGAAGAAGGCCGGCAAGGCAGUUGCCAGCGGGCAGAAUGCCGCCGGGUCCCCGACAGAGCCUCUGCCUGAGAACAAAAUCGGUUCGCCUCCGAAGAUCCCUGUCAGCCAAGCGGCAGCUACCUCAACGGGCCCUCCUCUCCCCCCUCCUCCCCCUCCACCGCCGCCUCCUGUGGGCACAGAGAUGAGCUCCGUCGCCCCCAAAUCCAGCCCCUUUGCCAGCAGGGUGGCCCUCUACCCGCCACACUCCGACAGCCUCCCGUACUUUCAAGAUCCCAGGGCCCACCUCUCCUUCGAAGCGCCACAUUACCCACAACCAGGGUACUACCCGCCUCCGCCGCCGCCGCCGCCAACGGUCCCCGCCGGCGUGGCUCCCUGCCUCCCUCGUUUUGUGAGGUCCGGCACCCUUCCGGAAGGCCCGCUCCCUCCUGCGUCUGUGCCAUACGGCGACCAUUACGGCACCUUCCCCCCUCGGGACAGACUGAGCUCCCCUUAUCAGCCCCCGCCGCCCCCGCCGCAGCCAUACGGGCCGGUGCCCCCUGUCCCAUCUGGCAUGUACGCGCCGGUGUACGACAGCAGGCGCAUCUGGCGGCCGCAGAUGUACCCGAGGGACGACAUUAUCCGGAGCAACUCUCUGCCGCCUCUGGAUGUUGUCCACCCCUCCGUCUACCAGACCUUUCUGCGGGAAAGAUACAACUCCUUGGACGGCUACUACUCCGUGGCCUGCCAGUUGCCAGCUGAACAAAGGACGGUGCCUUGGUCAAGGGAGCCUUGCGGCCACUUGAAGCCCACUUACGACGACCCGCUCAGAAGGAAGCCGGAGCAGUGGGCCCCGUGCCACGCACAGAAAACGCCACUGGUGUCCUCUGCCCUUCCUGCAGCGACUCCGUCUCCAACGCCGCCUUCCCCUCUGUUCAGCGUGGACUUCAGCACUGAAUUCUGUGAAAGCACCGGCAAGGACCUGGGCGGCGGCAAGUUCGAGGACGAGCGCCUCUCCCACUACUCGCCCUGGUCCUGCGGCACCAUCAGCUCCUGCAUCAGCGCCGUCGAGUCGGAGCCCAAAGACGUCCUUGCCAACUCCGGAGCGGUGCUGAUGGACCUGGACAGCGGGGACAUGAAGAGGCGGGUGCAUCUCUUCGAAGCCCAGCGGAGGGCGAAGGAGGAAGACCCCAUCAUCCCCUUCGGCGACGGGCCCAUCAUCUCCAAAUGGGGCGCCAUCUCCCGGUCGUCCCGCACGGGCUACCACACGACCGGCCCCAUCCAGGCCACUGCUUCCCAAGGAAGCGCUACGAAGCCCAUCAGCGUGUCCGAUUAUAUCCCUUACGUCAGCACAGUGGAUUCGAGGUGGAGCUCUUACGGGUCGGAGUCGUCUUCGUCGGCACCUUUCAUAGAACGGGACCGCUUCGUCGUGACUGACGUAUCUGCCCCGAGAAAGCAUUCCAGCACUGGAGAUCUCCUGAGCCUUGAGCUGCAACAGGCCAAAAGCAACUCACUCCUGCUUCAGAGAGAGGCGAACGCGCUGGCCACUCAGCAGAAGUGGAGCUCUCUAGACGAGGGCAGCCAGCUCACCCUGAACCUUCUGAGCAAGGAGAUGGACCUGAGGAACGGCGAGACGGACUACACGGAAGAGGGUGCAGACCCCCAGCCGGACCGAGACAUCGAACUGGAGCUUUCGGCCCUUGAUGCUGAUGAGCCCGACGGGCAAGGAGAGCCGAUGGAAGAGAUUCUGGGCCUGCAGCUUGGGAUCGGCGAUGGAGAUGAUCACCUCUUCAAUGGGUCGGCUCUGGAGAACGGCCACCCUCUGGAGCAGCCUCCAAAGGAGUCCCGGCAGCAGAAGAGACCCAGCUUAGGUGAAGACCUUGCUAUUCUGGAGAAGCCGAAAGCAAUCCUGCCGGUGACAGCCUGCUUCAGCCAGCCCCUGGUGUCCUGCACGAGCAGCAGCGGAAGCUCCCUGCCUGCCACAACUUCUGCCGGCGGCGUGGGCAGCCUGGUUCUCAAAACGGCUCACGUGAUGGUGGAGGGGAAAACCGACUUUCUGAGGCCAGUUGCAAAUGGCAAGAUGGUCAACAGCUGAGAGGCGUCCCACUUUCGAGCUUGUGACUGUGCUGUGAAAGCAUUUACUUACACACACACACACAUAUAUAUACACACACAAUUACAUAUACAUAUAUGUAUAUAUACGUAUGUGUGUGUAUGUAUGUGUGUGUGUGUAUAUCACACACACACAUAUAUAUAUACAUAUAUAUAUGAUAUAAUGUAUAUUUUUUUUAAGAAGAUACUAUUGGGGUCAUCUGUUUCCUGUGGACUCUGCUACAUCCAGUCCUUCUCAUGUUAGCAUUCUAAUGAAAGGAAAGGAAACAAACCUGACUGCCAGCAUCCAUUUGGGUAGGUUCAGGUGUCGGCUCUCCACACCUGCUUUGGGCGCAUGGGUUGUGUUUCACUUAAGCUUAAGGCAGAUUUUCAGUGAGUUCGUAGGAGUUCCAGGGCACCCACUAGGAUAUUCUUGUUUUCAAAAAGGCUUCUCUAGGAAAAUGUACGAGUUACUAAGCCAGCAAGAUCCUCGGGUUGUACACCUCAUGGGAGUCACACUCACUUAUUUUGCCUUGUUUUUUCUUCCAUGGGAGAGGAAUUUGUACCUGGUUGCAGUGGCUUUCUUCCGCUGUGGAACUUUGCAUGGAAAGAGUGCGUGAGAGAAAGAGAGGUGGGGAUCUUUCUAAAUUCAGGAUUGAAGCAGCUUUUUCUUUGGCGUUGGGCUACUGCAUUAUAUGCAGCUGAACGUCACGUUGCGCAUCUCCCUGCCUGUCCUCCCUGCCCCGCUUUUGCUUUAGAACGUGGCAUUUCCCUCUCUCACGCCUGUGUACAAAUUAUAGACUGCAAAACCAAGUGCCUGAGUCUUUCCGCUUACGGACUUGGAUGUCAGCUGCUCCAGGUUGUAAGCGGAAUCGCUGCGUUCCGUUUUGAGACAGGAAGCGCUUGCUCUGAGGGUGGCGCCCAGAGCCUCACAGAUAAUCCCCUUGAAAAAACCUUGUCUGAUGUAUUUGCACUGACGAAUCACACAGUAUUGCUGUUUGCUCUGCUUUGACACAGACCAUGGGUUAGCGGUUCUUUAGAUGCCUCCGUAGUAUUACGGAGAACCUUAGUAUCUGGUUUUAUUGCUGAUUAACGCUGACAAAGCCUUGAACUUCUUAUUAAUAUAGUUUUAGCUGAGCUUGGACAGAACAAUAAAUAAAUGUCUUCUCUUGUUUAAAAAAAUUGCAUCUUAGAGAUACACAUUUAUUCAUUGUUCAGCUGAAAUAGAACCACUCCCCCCCACCCCCAAACUACCAUAUUGGCUGUAUUUUUUUCUUUUUCUCUUAUAUUUAAAACUCAGGCCACUCUGAAGCUGGCGGAGCAAAAAGGAGUCUGCUUCUUCGCAAGAUAAUUUCUCGUAGGUUGUCCUCUACCAUUUUCUUUUACACAUUUUUUGGUAUGAAUUUUGCAUUUCUCUCUCUCUCUUUCUUUCUUUCUUUUUUUAAGUUUAUUAAUUAACUUCUGUGAAGUUGUUUACUCUGAAAAUUGUACUGGAAUAUUGUGGCCACGCGGCACUUUCGCGCAAGGGCUCUUUCUGCAAGCAGACGGCUUUAAACGAGAAAGAACGAUCAUGUCACUGGAAAGAAAGGGCUGCUGACGUUCAGACUGCAGCUCUGUGUACAGGAUCAGGCUUUUAAAAGAAAAAUAAUAGCUGUCUUGUGCACACUUCUGGGGUGGGGUUAGCAACCGGCAUUUCCCUGAGGGUUACCAAUCUGACUUGGAUCAAACUUCUUUAUCUCUCUCGCAGGAAAAAAUUAUGUUGUAAAUAUAAACUGAAAACCCAAGGACUGGCUUUUUUUAAUGGAACACACACAUCUCAGUAAUGUUGUGGAAAAUCUUGCCAAUGUGAUACUCAAGCGCAAGGAGCUCUUUGUGAGACGACAGCCAAAUCCCUUCUCUUUAAUUUCCUGUGCAACAGUUUCAGUAGCUUCUCGUCCACCUGUUGCAACCUCUCUUGGUAGCAACAAACACCAACAGGAAAUUUAAGAUUUUCCUUUUAACUACCUGUUCACCUUAACUUGUGACUGUUAACAAAGUUUGAUGUGGAAUGUCAGAUGUCAAUAUACAAACUGUUGUGCGCAAUCUAGCCAGGCUAGUCUGUAUAUACUAAUGUGUAUAUAUAUAUAUAUAUAUAUAUAACAUUUGAAAUGCUUCCGGAAAUUUCAUUUGCGCUAACCAGUAUCUCUUUUACAUGGAUAUUUAAACAGCAAGAUCUUCCAUGUUGAAGGUGGUGUAAUUUUAAGGAAAGGAUACAUUAAUUAAUUGCUAUUUUGUUACAAAUAUAGCGGGGAUGGGGGAAUAACACUUUGAGAGAUCCUAAUUUUUACCCUCAGGGAAAUAGCCCUCUGUCAACCAGAGCACCACUGGACAUCUUCAGCACAAUCUGAGGGUGAAUCUAUAAAUAGAUCUUGUGUAUUUUACCUUUUAGCUUCUUGGUUUUAGGAAUUUGUGUGUGUAUGUAUUUCUUUUUUUAAAGAGUACUUUGGUUGUGCUUUGCUGGAGGAAGGGGUUUCGAAUAAAUUGUUUACACAGCCCUUUCCCUUUCUCCAGUAGCAUCCCAUGCGUAUUAGAAACCCAUGUCGGCUGUUCUGUGACAAACGUGUCUAAGAAUGGGUUCACUUUAUAUUUGUGUCUCGGGUAGCUAGAGCUCCCGUGGUACAGUAGCCCUCUCAGAAGAGCCACACACUUCACAGGAAGAGAGAGUCUGCCCUGGGGUUGUGCUAGAACCUUCCAAAAAGAGGGCGGCUGGUACGAGGCCAAGAGGGACUUUAAAACCAUGUGCCAGCUCUCUCCCUAAGCCUUUGCUGCCACGCAUUGUAAUCUUGCCAUAACACUGUGUGAUUUUGGCUGGGCAUAGGUGGCAAGUCCGUAUAAAGUGGAGUGUCUGGAUUUGGAAUCGUUUGCCUUAGGGCAGCCAAAGGGCUUGCCGGCUGGCCAUGGGAUGGGGCAGUUCCUCCCCUGGUUGGAGUCUCUGUGUUCAGGCAGGAAGAGGCUCUUCUUGGAGUGCAAGAGAAGAGGGUAGGUGCCUCUCAGUUUUCAGCAGGCAUGUGGCAUGUUUGCGGAAAGAGGCAAGGGAAACCCCAGGUGCCAGAGACAAGAGGAAGCUUGCAGCAAUAGGAAAUGGGCAUGGUAUCACUGUCCAGUGUGGAUUUCUCCCCCUUUAUUUGAAACCCGUAGUGAUAGCAUCAAGAAGGUGGUGCCUGUCACAAAGCAGCCAUUGAUCUCUGGUAACAAGGCAGGUCUGCCAUUGUGGCUUGCGUUAAGGGGUGUACAUCACAGCCUCUGACAGCACAGGUCCUGCAGGCUUGCGUGGACUGACGUGAUUUGCUUUGUUCUCGCGGGUUCCGUCUGGGUGUGGGGCACAUGAGAACCCAGCCUUACCCUGCUGAUUGUUCUCAAGAUCCACUCAUUGAUCCUUGCUGGAAGCAUUUGGGCUUCUGUGGGAGCACAUGGGCCUCAGCAGCAUAAAGGUGAACACACAGUGCUCAGAAUAGAAGUACAGAGAGAAAUAUAUAUAUAAUAUCUCUCUCAAAGUACAAAGCCAGACCAUUUGUUCUGUUGUCUUAGAAUAAUAAAUCAAUAAUAACCAGACACUUGGCUGUGCUUACAAUGGAGAAGCUGCCUGUUUUUUUCAUAGAACAGUAGAAAAGAGAAGCAGCAGUUUGUGACCCCGAUUUGUGAGUCUAGCUCUUUCCCAGUAUUUAUUUCCCUGGCCUUCCAUUGUGAAAGCUAAACCUUAGGGCACAUCUCCCCCACCCCUUCGUGGAAAAAGUAGCCAACUCUUCACUACCCACUGUAUGCAUUUCUUUUAAAGCCCCUUGUUUUUAGGAAAUCCCUCUGUAUUUAGAGACUGGACCUCUAAAUAAAGGAGGGGCCGGCAUGGCAUAACACAAAGUUUUGGAUGGGGGGAGUGGAGACUGGUUUUUCCCCAGUCUAAACUCCCAGCUUGUUCCUUGACAUUUGGGACAGCCACACAGUACAGUGCUUUGCUGGCAAAGCUGAAUCUUAAGGAAUCAAAGAAUCAAAGCUGAAUCUUCCCUUGCUGAAGUGGAGCAGGGUCACACUGCUAAGCAUCCCAGCCACCCAGGUGAAGCAGCAAAAAACUCUUAUCUACACACACACACUUUUUGUGAAGCUUUUAACAGACACUUUAUAUACUUGACAAGAGGGUGAAAUAAAAUUAUUUCUGGGUGCGUUUCUUAGUGCCAGAUGUGAGGGCAAAGUACACUUGCACAGAUCCCACCUGCUUCUCCAGAGGAGUCCUCGGUUAGUUUAGGCCAAGGCAUGGGAUUGCAUGCGUUUUCCUUAUCUGGGCGGACAAAUACAUUAUUCUGUAGUUGUGAUACAACACCCGUGGCUUUUCUUGGUACUGCACAAUACCCACUGUAUAGCCACUCCAGAGUAUUGUGGCCUAUGCUUGCAGUAUCUGCUGUCUGCAUUUAAUACUGUAUACUGCAUAUUCUUUUCCCUGGACGUUAAAAGGAAAAAAAGGUGUUUUUUUUCUUGGUGCGUUGAUUAACAUUUAUAAACUUGCUUAGCUAGAAAGUUUGGGAAAAGAGACCUGUUUGUCAAUUGUACAACCGGUUGUGAAGCUCUCAAGUGUGAAUAUUUUUACGUCUGUAUUAGACAUUUUCUUUGCAAAUCUAUUGUUCGAUUGAAAUGUAAAUGAAAUUAAAGAUGGUGUACACCCAUCAUGUAUAAUAAAGCAGACACCAUCGCUACGAUGGAUUUAAUGCUCA